AUGGUCUAUCGAAAUCUUAGCAUAAUUUAUUAUCAAUUAGAUAAAUAUAUUGAUGCAUUCAAAAUGAAUGAAAUUGCACGUAAAACUGUACUCGAAUAUUUAUCACCUAAUGAUAAUCAACUUAUAUCAUUAUAUAAUGAUUUUGGAGAAUUAUAUUUCAUUAAUUAUGAUUAUGAUACUGCAUUAGAUAAAUAUAAAGAAGCGUUGGAAAUAGAUUUAAAAAUAUUAUCAGUUGAUGAUAAGGAACUAAUAUCCGUUUACGAAAAUCUUUAUCAACUUUAUUCUAAUAAUCUAAUUCGAAUUUCAACUGAUUAUCUAUCGGAAAGGAAAUGCUUUACAUCAUUGACACAUAAUACAAUUAGAACUAUAUUCAAUAAAAUGAAUAAUUAUGAAAAUGCAUGUCAGGUCGAGUUGAGAAUGUCUUCAUCGAAUUUUGAAUACAUCGAAAUGUACAAAAAUAAUAUUAGUAGAAUGAAAAAUAAAGUAUCAUGCUUUACCAAAGAAAAUUUCAUGGAACUAAUAUAUGCAAUAUAUGAACACUUAUUCAAUGAUGGUUAA